AUGGCUGCUACAGUAAUUUUAAAGAAUAGACAUUCUCUCCAGGGUUUAAACUUAAACAAUCUUAUUAAAAAUAUACGUGAUGGAAAACUUCUACCAGUGGAAGAGAUGGCAAGCUUUCAAGAGGGUAAGAGCUUGGCUGAUUUGUCUAUCCAGGAACUUACAACUGCUUUCUCUGACAACUUGCUAUCUGAGGAAACAUUAGAAGAUGUUUUGAAGAAGUCGGGACGUCCUGUUAAUCUGUAUAAUUGUAGACUAGCAAUACAUGAAGCAAUAUGUUUCGCUAACGAGUUUGGUCAGCCGAAUGGUCUCUAUAUUAAUUCUUUAACAUCAUCAGGUGAAAAUAUAGUCCAUCUUUUAGCUAAAUUUUUUCAUAUGGAUUAUUUAUAUAUAGAUUUUAGUUUUUUGUUUGAUUAUGAAUUAGAUUUUAAUCUUAUAAAUAAUGACGGUAAUUCACCGUUAAUGGUGGCCUCACUUUUGAAUAAUUUUCAAUUUGUAGCUACUUUAGCCUGUGACGUCAAUAGACAAAACAAUCAGGGUCAUACAGCACUUCACCUUAGUGUCAUCGGAUUUACUUUGAUAAAAGAAAAAUUAAAUAUGAUGAAUGUCAAUUCAGUAGUGAAAGAGUUAUGUUCCCGUGAAUACUAUCCCAGAUAUCUUGCAUGUAUUGAUAGUUUACUCAAUCUUGGUGCAGACGUCAAUAUACAAGAUAAAGGUGGGAAAACAGUUUUAAUGUUGGCUUGUAUGAAAAAUGAUAGAAAAUUGUUAGAAACACUAUUAAUACAUGGAGCUGAUGUGAAUAUUGUAGAUAACCAUGGUCGAUCUGCUCUACAAUACAUAGAUUUAACAAACAAUGUUUAUGAUUUAACAUGUUUUAAUUUACUUCUAUCUCAUGGUUGUAAACAAUCUUUAAAUCAGCCAUGUCUAAAUGGUAACACUAUUAUUCAAAAUGUACUCCGAUUCCCAUCAUUAUGGCAAAUUGAUCAAACAGUCCAUUUUAUCAAAUUUCUUGUUAAUAAAAAUGUCAACCUGCAACUUUUAACCUCCGCUGAUGGAGAAAUCUCCUAUGGUCAGUUAUCUCUGGAGGAAUUUUCUUCACAAUCUAGGCAUGAAUUAAGGCAAAUCUUGUAUUUAAGUGGUGGCUCAUUUAAACAAAUUACACAAAUAUUACAUUUUGAAGUUGAGGAAUCUAAAGCAUCAUUGUCGGAAACUUUAAGAGAAAAACCGAGCGAAAAGUUCAUUCAUUUCGCCAACAAUCUGAACCUUAAAGAAAUUUGUAGAAGAGUUAUCAGACAAAAUACAAGUCGAGCAAUUCAUGACCUCAUUUCAGAACUUAAUUCUAUGGUUGGAAAACCAUUAACUAGAUUUAUUCUAUUUAAAGAUAAAGAUUCUAAACGAUUUUCACUGCCUGAUCAGUUCGAGUCUUUUAAUGAUAUUAGAUAUUGGUUUCAAGAUUUAAUUGAUGAUGAUUAUGGUGAUGCUUAUGAUUUCUAUGAUUUAAAUAAGGAGAAUGAUGAUUAUGAGAAUGAUUAUUUGGUGUUUAAUGAUUAUAAAUAUCUAAAUGAGGUGUCUGCAGGUUUAAAAUACUAUUAUUCAGAUUCAGAUUCAGAUUCAGAUUACGUAGAUCUAGGUUCAUAUUUAGAUGCAGAUUAA